GUACCGUCGGAUUCGCCACAACCAGUACAGCUUCCCCCCCAAAGAGACCGUGGCGAUCUCAGAGCCCGUCAAGGAGCUCAUCCAGAGCAUCCUGCAGACGGAUCCCAGGAUGCGCCCCAGCCUGGACGACAUCGCGCAGUCUGCCUGGUUCCACUGCUCCCAGCGCGUGCCGCCGUCGAUGCCCGUGAGCGUGUCUAGCUUCGCGGUGUCCCCGCGCAUCGUGGGCGGCUCCUCGGCGCGCAGCGAGACGCCGGAGCGCGGGGUCGCCGACUUCGCCCGCAUAGACUCCCCCGCGCCCGGCCAGCGCCACGCCGCCGCGGGCCACGCCGCCGCGGGCCUCCCCCUGCGGGACCGGGCCCCGGGCCCCGCGCACGGCGCCGCGGGGCUGGCGCAGCCGCCCCACCCGCCGCUGCGCGGGCACAGCGCGGCCCCGUCGCUGGGGGGCGGCAAGCCGCUGCUCGUGGGCCCGGCCGUGCACAACGUGCCCACGCCCUCCCGGGCGCCCUCGUCAGGACGCCCGCCCCUGGGCGGCCUCACGCACCGGGGCGGCGACGAGAACGCGGGGCCGCUGCAGGACCAGGCCGCGGCGCACGCCGGCAGUGUCCCUGCGCUCGGCCACGUCGUGGGUCAGGCGCUCCCCGUCGCCCACGGCGCGCCCACCACCUGCAGGGCCAGCACCGGCAGCCUGCCCUCCGCCCGUCGCGUGCCGGACCGCGCCGCCAGCCUCGGACCCCAGCACGCGUCCGCCCUCGGCCGGGAUGCGUCGCCGCACCCGGCCUCGGCGCAGGACGCUGCGCCGAGGCCCACGGGGAUCUCCUCCGCGCCCCUGUCUGCGCACGGCCUGGGGUCGGCGGCGCCGAUCAGCAGCAGGUCCGCCACGUGCAGCCCGCGGCAACCAGUCGCAGGGCCGCUCUCCUGCCGGGCGCCGUCCGGCGCGUGCACGCCCAAGGAGGGGCACUCCCGGCCCGUCCGCGCAGCCAGCUCCUGCGGCGGCUGCGACGGAGGCGCGUGGUCGGGCAACCUCUUCACGCGGACGACGCCCGCCGUGCUGCGCAGCGGCGGACCGCCGCUGUCGAGCAGGAACCCCGGGGCCGCCGGGGAGAGCCCGAACCAGCAGCUGACGCCGGGCGCGCUGACGCCUGGCGAGCGCGAGGACGGCUCCCUGCGAGGGACGGCGCGCCUCGGCGAGGAGGUCGCGAGCGCGAGGACGCCGCCACACGCCGCCGGCGCGCCCCGCGCGUUCCCGGCGUGGGGGGACAGGCGGCCCUCCUCCGCGCAGCGCCGCGAGCGGAGCUCCUCCUCGCCGGCGCUGCUGCUGGACGGCCAGCUCGGCGGGGGAGGCCCGCAGACGUUCCGCGAGGCUGCCGACCGCCGCGCGGGCGGCGUCUUGCGGGGCGCCGCCGUGGGCCGCGGCGGCGUGCCUGGCUGUGGAGGUGCCUCGGCAGCCAGCGCCGUCGCGGCAGCGGAGGCCGCAUUCGGUGCCCGGGCGCCCUCUUCUGGCAGCCGCGAGGCGCCGCGAGUUACCCAGGCUGGCAUGGCACACCAGCCCGAGCUCUGGGUUACCAAGUGGGUGGACUACUCCUCCAAGUACGGCGUGGGGUACAUCCUAUCGGACGGCUCCAUUGGGGUUUACUUCAACGACUCCACCAAGAUCGUCUUGGUCCCCGACGGGGACAAGUUCGACUACGUCACUCGGCGCACGCAGGACAAGCCCGAGCUCCGUUCCCAGCACACGUUUGAGGACUAUCCCGAGGACCUUAAAAAGAAGGUGACGCUGCUGCGCCACUUCAAGAACUACAUGCUAACCGACAUCCUCGAGCAGAAGGACGGCGCCACGGCCGGCGAGUCGGCCCUGCCCCCCCCGGCGCCGGAGUUGGCGCGGUCGCAGACGCGCCUGGGGACGUCGGAGCCUGGCCAGGCGCCGUACGUGAAGAAGUGGACGCGCAACAGGCACGCUAUCAUGUUCCAGCUGAGCAACAAGAUCGUGCAGGUGGUUUUCUUCGACAGGACCGAGGCAGUGCUGUCCUCCAAGUCCCACACAGUGACGUACGUCGACAAGCGGGGCCAGGUGAACUCGUACCCGCUCUCGAACGUCCUCGACGUCCCCAGCCCGGAGCUUGCGAAGCGCCUCCGGUACAUCAAGGACAUCCUCGUGAACUUGCUGGGAGCGCGGACCGAUCUCGCUGUGGCGCACUGA